AUGGCCACAGAGUUGAGUGAAUUGCGGUUUGUUCCGGUGGCGUUUGAAUUUUUCAAGAACAACCUAACCAACAGUCUAGUACAAAAGCAUCGCCAUCGCGCCCAAAUCAGGUUAUAAACCAUGAGCUGGGCGGUGGAGGAGUGGAAGGAUGGACUUCCAGCGAAAGCCCUGCAGAAAAUCCAGGAGAUGGAAGUCCAGCUGGACAAACUGAAAAAGGACAGGAACCAGAAACAGUUUCAGUUGGACUCCCUAGAGGCCGCCCUGCAAAAACAGAAGCAAAAGGCGGACAGUGAACGUACCGAGACCUCGGCUCUGAAAAGAGAGAACCAGUCGUUACUAGAGUCGUGUGAUUCUCUGGAGAAAGCUCGUCAAAAAGCUGUCCAUGAUCUAGGAGUCAAAGAGCAGCAGGUGAGCUACCUGGACGGUCAGCUGAACUCCUGCAAGAAGACAAUAGAGCGACUGGAGCAGGAACUUAAGAAGUACAAAAAUGAACUGGAUCGUUCGCAGCCUGCUGGCUCCUCCUCAUUGUCAUCUUCGUCCUCUGAUCUUCAGCCCUACACUACACCCAAGAAAAGUUUCCCUACCCCGGCUCCAGUCCCAUUCUACGGACAGCAGGAUAACAGACUAGAUGCGCUUCAAGUGAAAUACAGCCAGGAGUUGGAAGAAAGGAAAAGGCUGGAGACUGAACUCAAAGUCCUGCAGGUCAAACUGUUGAAUCAGUCCUCAGUCAGUGUAAGCCACAAAGACAUUGCUGCCCGCCAAGCUGGAUCUUCCAUAUUCCCAUGGCAACAGCAGGAUCAGGCCCACAGCCGCCAGUCUCAGGAUGCAAUGGAAACGCCUCUGAAGAGGCGGGGAAUGUCCCUGUGGGACGCCCACGAGGAGACGCCUAUUAAGACCAGCCAGCGGAUUAGCUCUUCCAGAACAGUGCCGAGCCCCUGUGGAUCCUCCCAACAGAUGGAGCAGCUGAAGACCAUCAACCAAGAACUGCGUGGCCGUGUGUCAGAGCUGGAAAGGAAUCUGUCCACUCAGGAGAAGGAAAUUCGCAACCAGGCCUCCAAGCUGCAGGAACUGCAAACCCAACUGAACCAGGCCCGUAAAGACCUGAAUGAACGGGAUAGAGAUGUGGCUAAGACCAGCCAAGAGCUGAAUCAGGCCACAGACAAACACCAGCAGAUUGUGGCCAAGUGUUCAUCAGUUGAGCAGAAGCUGAAACAAGUCUCAGAGGAGAUGAGCUGUCAAAGGCACAACGCUGAGAGCUGCAAACGAGCCCUGGAGCAGAAACUCAAGGACCAAGAGAGAAACGGUCAAAAGGAGCUUGCUCAGCUGCAGACUUCUCACCAGGCUUUGGAACAGCAGCUGAACCAGACCAGAACCAAGCUAACACAAGAGAUCCAACAGUCCAAAAAAGACCACAACGUACUGCAGGCUGACAUGGAGAAGAUGUGCUUCCAGAAGAGUCAAAUGGCAAAGGAGUUGGAGGAGCAGAAACAGAAACUGCUGAGGUCAGAGCAGAGCCUUCAAGCCAGCCAGACUAAAGAGCAAGACCUCCGCAAGAAAAUGGAGGAGCUGCAGAAAGAGAAGAACAGUGUGACUGUCCAGUUGGACCAGAGCAGCCGGCGUCUGUGUCAGCUGGAGGAUGAGAAGAAGAGCGCAGACCAGAGCUUCAAACGCGCCCAGGGAUUAUUAGAUGACCUCAAAGGCAAAUCAGAUGGGCAGGCGGAGGAGCUGAAAAGACUUCACACUAAACUGGAACAGCAGAUUCAGACUGCGGCCCGGGAGUUGGACAACUUGAAGAAGACCCUUUCUGAUGCAGAGACCAAAAAUGACAGAUCUCAGAGUGAACUGCAGAAACAUAAGCAAGAGAUGGAGAAGCUGACCAACAGAUUGACAGUAAUCGAAAAGGAGAGCCGAGAGCUUAAAUCCAGUCUGGCUGCAAGUCAGAAUGACUGUAAGGAACUGAAACAAGAACAUCAAGCUCUGCUGGAGUGGAAGAAAGAAAAGGAGACCUUAAUAAAUCAAACUGAGGCAGUGCAAAAAGACCUCACUGACAAAAUUGCCAACUUGGAGAACAGUCUUAUCUCACUGAAUGAGGUUAAUGACGACAUCAAGAAACAGCUCUCAAGCUUAGAGGGAGACAAGGCCAGCCUGUCUGCUCAAAUUGAUUCCUUGAAGGGAGAACUCCUCAACAAGAGCACAGAGUUGGAGGAGAGGGAGCAUCAGCACAACAAGCUCCAGUCUAAACUCUCCGAGGCCGGACAGAAGCAAACCAAAGACCUGGAGAAUGUUGCUGUGCAAGUGGCUCAGCUUGAAGCACAGGUCAAAGGGCUGGAAUUGCAGUUGCAAAAGAAAAUGACUCAAGCAGAGCAGGCUGAGAGGACAAUCACAGAGCUGCAGGCCGAACACCAGGCAGCCUGCGACCUGGCUCGCUCCAAAGACCAGCUGGUUGAGUUGGGCCAAUCAGAGAUCAACCAGCUGAGAGAGAGCAUCGCUCAGGCCACUGCACAGCAGGAGGAGCAAACUGCCAGGUUGGCAGACGAGAAGGCUGUGCUGCUGAAGCAGUGUGAGGAGAGUAUUUCAGCAAAGGUUGAAGAGGCCGAGCAGCUCAAGCUGCAGUUGGAGGAGGCUCAGCAAGAGCUGCUGCUCACCAAAAACAAGGUCAGUUCUACGGAUCAGUUCCUAAAGGCCCAGGAGCAACUGGGAGCUGAGUUGCAGAAACGAAUUAAGACACUGUCAGACAAUGAAGAGGAGCAAAAAAAGAUGCAUGAGAAGAAAUCAGAAGAGCUCAGACAGUUGGAGGAGGAGCUGCAGGAUCUUCGGAGCCACACAGCAGAGAAGGAUAAGCAGCUCAGAGAGGCGGAAGCUCAGGUUUUGUCUCUGGAGAAACAAAAAGCUAGGCUGGAAAAUGUAGUUCAAGAGACAAAGAAAGAGGCUGAGAACCUCCAGCAGGCUCACACUGAGAAGAUCAACAACCUUCUGGAGCAGAUAUCUUCCUUAGAAAAAGAGGUCACAGAAAGCAGAGAUGCAGCAGAGAUGCUUCCCGUCUUGAGGAAUGAACUGGACGUGGCCAACCAGUCCCAUGCUGACCUAAAGAAGCAUCUAGAAGCUCUUGAGAAAAAUCACUCCUACACUAUUAAGAUCAAGUCCAACUUGGAGAACACAGUGACGGAGAAAAUGAGUGUGAUUGUUACUUUGGAGAAAGAGAUCAAAGAGCUCACAGAGAAGAUGAGCAAAGAGUCAGAGAGUCGUGCUUUGGAGGUUGAACAUUUCCUCAACGUAGAGAAUAUUCUCAAAGAGAAGCUUGAAGCCACUAAGAAAUCAGUGUCUGCUGCUAAAACCGAAUUAAUUUCUCGACGGGAGGAGAUUAAAACCAUGAAGACAACUCUGUCGGCUGCUUCACACGGCUUAGAGGAGAGGGACAACUUGAUAAAGAGUCUGAAGGAGAAGCUGAAUAAAGCAGAGACAGAGCAGUCCAAAACCUUAGAGCUCCUGAAGGAAAAGAUGGUUGCCAUGAACAAAAUCAAGGUGCAGCUGGAGAUGCUGCAAAUGGACCUGGAGGACAACGAGACUGCCAUGAACUCUUUUGACAGUCAGGCAGAGGAGCUGAAGGGAACCAUAAAGUCACUGGAGGCUAAUCUAGCCCACCACCAAACCAAGAUGUCUGACAUGGAGGCCAGGCUGGAGGACAGCAGAGCCCAGGUCUCUGUCUUAGAAGGCCGGUUGGAGGAGGUCCAAUCUCAGAACUCAGUGCUGGAGACACAGUACAUCACAGCUAGGGAGGAGCUGAUGGAGAGAAGCUGUGAAAUAACUCGUCUGGAAGAGGACGCUGUCAAACAACAACAGCUGGAGGAGAGGGUUAUUGCUUUAGAGUCUAAACUAAGUCAGACCACAGAGGAAAAUGUCAAGUUAGAGACAACUCUCAGGCAGGUAAUCGAGGACAAAGACCGUAAUCUUAACCAAUUACAACAAGAAAAAAACAACCUUGAGACUACUUUGAAACAGGUAACAGAUGACAAAGAGCAAGUAGAAACUAAAAUGAUUGAAGUAUCUGCAAAGAAGAAACAGCUGGAAUCCAGUUUAGACAAGCUAUCUGAGGAGAACAAACAACUGCAGGCCAACAUUCAGCAGUUAACUGAAGACAAGCAGAAUAUCGAUCAAAUGACUGCAGAGAAACUUGAAGCUGAAUCCACCCUUAGGCAGGUUGUCGAGGAGAAAGCCCAACUAGAUGUUUCCCUCAAUCUGAUAAACGAGGAAAAAGUCCAACUCAAAGCUAAACUAAGUGAGCUAACGUCCGAGAAAAAUAACUUGAUCUCUAACUUGAAUCGAGUAGUUGAGGAAAAGCUUCAGCUGGAAAGGAACUAUAACCAGCUGGAUAAAGAGAACAUUAAACUACAGUCUAGUGUAAGUCAUGUAACGGAGGAGAAGAUGCUGUUACAACAAAGCAUAGAGAGGCAUGAAGAAGAGGUGGCUUCACUUACAGAGCAGCUGGAGAUAAGCAGCAAGAGGACUGAUCAGGAGAACCGAGAGAGGCGCCAACAGUUUGAGGCAGAGCAGGCAGAACUGAACCAGAAGUUGGCGGGCUUACAGAAAGAUCUGACCAUGUUCAAGCAGCAGUAUGAGUCACUGCAGGAGCAGGCGGGCCAACAACACAGCCUCAUACAGCAACUCUUAGAAUCGCAGGGAACCCAGAACCCAGCAGAAAAAAUCGACCACAUGGAGACUGAGGAAAAGGAUACUGCCGCAGAAGCAGCAGGGCAGACUGAUGUAGAGCCAACACUUGACACAAGCACCAAUACUGAGUCCCUUCCAGUAAAAGAACAGCUCAGCCCUAUUGUGUCUGAACUGGGUGAACUUUCCCACCAGUCUGACGAGGCGUUCAGUGAGCCAGAUCUGGUGUUUAAGGAGGACGUCGUUGAGCAAGAGAUGAACAAGGAACAUCUGGACAAGGAAAGGGAGGCACAUGUGGCCGAUGUUGAGGAAAUGAGGGGUCACAAGGAGCAGCAACAACAGCAAUCCUUAGAUCAGCUUCCUGAAGACAGCUGUAGUCCCAGAGAUAUUCUUGUUCGAACAUCUGAAAUCUCUGAGCUUUCUCUGUCAUCGUCCUCUGUUGGCGAGACCAGACAGUUAGAAUCCUCUGCGAUAGAGUCAUCCCAGGUACAAGGUGACCUCGACCACUUCACAGAAAUGAUCACAAAACAAGAAAUCCAGACCCUGCGCUCAGAGUUUGACCUACUGAGGUCCAACCUCGCACUGAGAAUGGAGUUGACCGCCGAACUGGAAGUCCAAGUUCAAAACUCAGAGAAGAGAGUUCAUGCAGCAGAGGAGGCGGCACAGGGUGCAGCGCAUAAGCUGACCAUCGCUUUGGAGGAAAAGAAAGGCCUCACGGACCAGUUGACUCAGCUGUCAGAAGAGAAGGACACAUUAACUCUACAGCUGCAAACAGCUAAAUUCCAGCUGGCUGAUGUUAUGGAGAUGCUGGAAGGACUGGAGAUGGCCAAAGGUGGGUGGGAUGAGAAAUUCCUUCAGCAGGAGAGUGAGCUGAAGAGGGUUCGCUCUGAGAAAGCCAACCUGGAGCAGCACAUCCUGGGCAUGGAGUCUGAGCUGGAGUCUUUGCAGGGGGAGAAGACCAAAUUGGGGGAUGAGCUGGAUAACCAGAGGAGGAUCUGUUCAGGCAUGGAGCAGCAGAUAGAAACACUUACUACCGAGCUAAACCAGUUGAGGACUGAACUCGUGUCCUGCGCCGAGGAGCGAGAUGACCUGAACAAGUCUCUGGGCCAAUGGAGAGAGAAAGUUCACAGUCGAGAGAAGACUGACUGUGACACCAGGAACCUAAUUUCCAUCCUGGAGGACGACAUCAGAGCAGGGAGAAAAGAGUAUGAAGCCCUGCAAAGCUGCAUGGAGAAAAUUAAGACAGAGAGGCAACAGCUGUUAGAGCAGAUUAAAGUGCUGGAACAGGAAAUAUCCCAACAGAGUGGAGAAAGAGAGGAGCUAAUCGGGCAGCUGGACAAGAUCAAAGAAGACCACACGUCGGCCAAUCACAACACUGAGUCCAUGGUCAGCAAGAUACAGGCUUUAGAGGGUGAAGUGUGUCGUCUCUCACAGUCUCUGGAGUCCUCUCUGCUAGAGAAAGGAGAGAUUGCCUCUCGUCUUAACUCUACACAAGAAGAGGUCCAGCAGAUGAAGACUGGCAUUGAAAAGCUCCAGGUCCGAAUUGAGUCGGAUGAGAGGAAGAAGAAGAAGAUGGGAGAGCUGCUCAAAGCUGCCCAGAGGAAGUCUGACUCACUGCAAGAUCGCAUUGAUGCUCUGGAGCGAGAGAAGGAAGAGGAAGAGCAAAGUCUAGAAGAAGCUGUACUACAGGCAGAAACAGCCAAAGCUGAGCUGGAGGAAGAAAGGGAGAAGGUGGAUGAGGAGAAACGAGAGCUUAGAGAGAGAUUAUCCGAGCUCUCAGCCACACUGGACAACCUGAGAUCUGAGAAAGAACGCAUGGAGAGAGAGCUAGAGACAAAAAACCGAGAGAUAGAAGAACUGAAGGGCGCUAAGGAGGAGCUGGAGAGAGGUUUGGAGAAGGCAGAGGUAGAUAGAAGAGAGAAAGAGGAAAGACAGAAAUGUAGGGUAGAAGAGCUGAAGAAUGAAAUGAGAGAGGAAACAGGGAAGCAAACCAGACAAGUGGAUGACCUUCAGGCACAGCUGGAAGCCUCUCGGCAGAGAGAGAUCUCCCUUGAACAAAAGGGUGCAGAAACAGAAGGGGAGAAAGAGAGGAUGCAGGCUCUGCUGGUAGAGAUGGAGAAAGAGAAAACGUGUCUGCAGUCUUCUCUGGAAGAGUGGCAGACAGAAGGAGAGAGGCUCCGCUCUCAGAGAGAGGAUUGGGAGAAAGAGAGGAACAACCUGAGGACCAGUAUUGAGGCUUUGGAAGAUGAAAUUAAGGAGCUUAAAACACUUCUAAAAGCUAAAGAGGAAGAGAGAGAGAUGCUGGAGACAGAAGCAGAUCAGGGACGCACCUCAGUAAAAUCCAUUUUGUCUCUAAUGGCAGAGAAAGAACAGAUAGAAGAAGAAAAUAGAAGGCUGGCAGAGGAAAAAGAGAAACUGCACUCAACCCUGUUUUCAGUGGAACAAGAGAGAGGUAACCUGCGUUGCAGUCUCACAUCUGUAGAAGAAGAGAAAGGAAAACUGGAGCAAGCAAGGGGGCUGUUAGCUGAUGAGCGAGAGAAGCUCAUGUCUAGCCUCUCCUUGAUAGAAACGGAGAAACGCGACAUGCAGCAAACUCUUUCUUCAUUAAAGGAAGAGAAGGAAAGAAUAGAGGCGGAGAAGCAGCAGUUUGAGGUGGAUAAACAAGAAUUGCAGUCUUCCCUCUCUUUGAUUGAAGUUGAGAGAAAUAAUCUGUCUUCAGCUCUUUCUUCCCUGGAACAAGAGAAGCAAAGAGCAGAAGAAAAGAAAGAUAAACUAACAGAAGAACAAGAGACCCUUCAGUCUACAGUUGCCUCCAUGGAGAAGGAGUUGGAAAAAUCCAAGUGUUCUGCUUCACAGCUUGAAGAGCAGGUGUCGGAGCUAACAUCUGAGGCUGCUCGUCUGUCUAAAGAGAGGGACUCUGCCCUGAGCAAGAUGACGCUUUGGAUGAAAACUUGCAAACAGCUGGAGCAGGAGAAGCAAGAAAUGUUAAACAGCUCAGAGGGCCGAGAGAGCAGCGAGGCCGUGCAGACUGAGCUGAAUCAGCUGAAGGGGGAAGCAGAGAAGAGAGAGAAGGAAAUGGAAGACCUGGAGACUGCCUUGCAGCAGAAGAGGCUGGAGGCAGAGGAAAAAACUAAGGUGGUGGAAGAACUUGAGGCUGCCCUCGAUGGAAGGAAGAAGGAGUUAGAAGAGAGAAACGGAGAGCUGGAGGUGAUGAAGAGCGAGUUGGAUGAACUAAACAAACUCCUGGAGGAGAAAAGCAGCGAGGCAGAUGAGAACAUUGAGAAAUACUGCAACCUGAUAGUUAAAGUCCACAAACUGGAAGAGACCAAUGAUGCACUGACGACCCGGCUGGAGCAGCUCACUGCUAGUCGACAUGCUAACGAAACUAACAUCAACCCUAGCAGCACUGACGGUACUCACCGCCGGCGCACAGGAAGGAAGUCCUCUUCCAAACAUCAGGAAGAACAACCGGAUCACAAUACUGAGAACACAGCUCCCUCAACACCACAGAGGUCUCCUCAGGGGUCAUCUUCAAUGAAACGGGCCCAUCGUGACAUCAGUAAUAAAGACAGUGCCCAGGAAGCCCUGCACAACCUGACAAAAAAGAUCAAAGCCAGCACGACUACACCAAAACCGAGACCUGAACAGGAAGAGGAGGAGUUCAGACCAGAAGGACUUCCUGAGCUGGUGCAGAGGGGUUUUGCUGAUAUACCCAUGGGGGAGGCCAGUCCCUUCAUCAUGAGGAGAACGACGGUGAAGCGCUGCAGUCCUCGACUGGCUGCCAGACCGACUGCAUCUGUAUCUGAUGCCAAGAUUUUGGCCUCCUUACCUUUCCAGAGUCCCUCUGCUGAGAGCUUCAACAGGAAGUGUCUCUCCCCGAGUGGUGAGGAGAAACCUACGCGUGGUUCACUAAGUUCACACACGAUUUCAGAGCAAAAAGAUAAACAAGAAGACAACUGUCACGUCCAAUAGAUUGAUGUGUAUACACACACACACACACACACAUUUAAUAUACUGUCUUGCACCUGUGAUUUAUUUGUAGAAAUGUGCACAUGUACACUCAUAGAUACACAAAAUAUGAACACUCCACUUUUUCUUUAUUUUUAAUUUUUUUCUAGACACUUAGAGUAAGA